AUGGACAGUUUAAUGAGAAGGAAAGGGCGCAGGAGGAUACCGGUGCUACUGUACAUCUUACUACACAUAGUAUCGACUCAAGCAGCUCUUCACAUUGACAUCUUGAGAGAGUUGGAUUUGACAGAAAACAUGGAGGGCGUGGCUUUGGAGGCGGGACUUUGCAGUAACAGAACAGGGACACAGGAGACAGACCUGGCCUACAGAAUAGACAAAAAGAUUCAACUCAGUGCCCCCACCAAGCAACUGUUUCCAGAUACAAAAUUCCCAGAGAACUUCUCUCUAAUGACCACAGUACAAGCUAAGAAGGAUUCCCAGUUCUUCCUCUUGUCCAUCUAUGAUGAUCAGGGGGUGCAGCAGUUAGGGCUGGAGAUUGGACGCUCUCCUGUGUUUCUCUAUGAAGACCAGAAUGGACAGCCUACACCUGAACAGUACCCCACCUUUAAAAAAAUCAACACAGCAGAUGGAAAAUGGCACAGAAUAGCCUACAGCGUGAAAGGGAAGUCGGUUACUCUCUACUUGGACUGUCAGAAGGCUCAGACCCUGGAUCUGCCUCGCGGGGACAGUGCAGUGGUCAGCACGGAUGGUGUCACUGUGUUUGGGACCAGACUGCUGGAUGAAGAUGUGUUUGAGGGAGACGUUCAACAGCUCCUGAUCUCAGAAGACCCUGAUGCUGCAGCCACAUAUUGUGAAAGAUACAUCCCAGAGUGCGAUGCUGAUCUGCCGUACAGCAUCCAGAGCGCAGAGAAUUCCCUGAAGUCUGAUGCCACAAUUCAAAAUGAGAAACUCGAAAAACCACAGAAGCAGUCUAAGAAGGACAAAAAGGGCAAAAAGGACAAAAAGAAAAGGGACAAGGGGUCAAAGGGCAAAGGUAAACGUAAGGGGAAGAAGGGAUCCAGGAAGAAGAAGCAUCAAGAAGAGCAGAUCCAAGAUGGUUCCCCACAUGCCACUACAGCAGCACCUCAGUAUCUGUCCCAGGAAGCAGUUGUACCCACGGAGAUUCUAGUGACCACAACCACAAUAGAAACAACAGUCAGUCCCACCGAAGAAUACAUCAAAGGCCUGUUGGAACUGCACACUCAAGAGACAGACCUCACCUCUGAGUCCUCCACCACGGGGCCCAAUACAGUACUAGAGUUUGAGGUUGAGAAGGAGGAGUCUGAGCCUGUGAAGGCAGCAGUUGUGGAAGGUUCUGAAGAUGACCUAUACGAUGCUCUCUCUGUUUCCACAGUAACAGUGGGCCCAAAUGUGACCGACUAUGAGGUCUUUGAGUAUGACUUAAAGAACGACACAAGCUCUGAAGAAUAUGAAAUUUAUGAAGACAGUUAUGAUUUUGCAGAACGGGAACUAGAAGAAACAUGGCAGGGACAGGGUCCUCUCAGAGGAGAGAAGGGUCAGAAGGGAGAACCUGCUGUUGUUGAGCCGGGAACAAUGAUAGAAGGGCCCCCGGGUUUACAAGGACCACAGGGCAUGAGUGGCCCAGCUGGACCUGUUGGCCCCCCAGGACCAAGGGGUGAUCCAGGUGAUAAGGGUCCACAGGGACGGCCAGGUCUUCCCGGGGCUGAUGGGAUUCCAGGUCCCCCAGGAACAGUGCUAAUGCUGCCAUUCCACUAUGGAGGUGAUUCCCAAAAGGGGCCAGUGAUAUCUCCACAACAAGCCCAAGCACAGGCCAUCCUGCAGCAGGCUCGGAUUUCGUUGAAGGGCCCUCCAGGACCGUUAGGUCUUACAGGGCGACCAGGGCCUCUGGGUGUUCCGGGACCAUCUGGUUUUAAAGGAGACAGUGGAGAUGGUGGCCCCCCUGGGCCAGCUGGUUUGCCAGGACCUCCAGGGCCUAAUGGAAAGGCAGGAAAGAGAGGACGCGCAGGAGCAGAUGGUGGUCGUGGAGCACCAGGUGAAACUGGUGCUAAGGGCGACAGGGGCUUUGAUGGUCUGCCAGGUCUCCUGGGAGACAAAGGCCACAGAGGUGACAGAGGCAAGCCAGGUCCUGCUGGGCCUGUUGGAGAGCCGGGGGAGAAGGGGUCUGACGGACCUGUGGGACCAAGAGGACAGCCGGGUGAGCCUGGAGCGCGGGGUCUAAUCGGGCCAAGGGGUUCACCUGGUCCACCUGGCCAACCGGGAAUCAGUGGAGCUGAUGGAGUUCAAGGGGCAAAGGGCAACAUGGGACCACAUGGAGAUUUAGGUCCACCUGGUCAACAAGGAAACCCAGGUGCACAGGGCUUGCCAGGUCCUCAAGGUCCCAUUGGAUUGCCCGGGGAGAAGGGUCCUCAGGGAAAACAAGGAAUGCAGGGACUACCAGGCAUCGAUGGUCCUCCUGGUCAUCCCGGGAGAGAGGGCCCCCCUGGAGAGAAGGGCAUCCAAGGUUUAGUUGGUGCUCAGGGUCCUGUGGGCUACCCAGGGGCCCGUGGAGUCAAGGGAGCUGAUGGCAUCCGAGGUCUGAAAGGAAACAAAGGAGAGAAGGGAGAAGAUGGCUUUCCUGGGUUCAAAGGUGACAUGGGCCUCAAAGGAGACAGAGGUGAUAGUGGCCCACCGGGUGCCAGAGGAGAGGACGGUCCUGAAGGACAGAAGGGACAAGCUGGACCAAAUGGAGAAUCAGGAGCAGCUGGUAUUGCUGGUGAAAAGGGUAACCUCGGUGUACCUGGGCUGCCUGGAUACCCAGGAAGGCAAGGACAAAAGGGGUCACUGGGCUUCCUUGGUGUGGCAGGAGCCUCAGGAGAGAAAGGACGAAGGGGUCCAGCUGGUCAACAGGGGCAAGGAGGCCAGAGAGGUCCAAAUGGAGCUCGAGGGGGGAGAGGUGCAAGAGGCCCCACUGGAAAACCAGGAGAAAAGGGUUCUGCUGGACAAGAUGGCCCCCCAGGAUCUCCAGGUGAACAGGGACCUCAAGGACCACAGGGAAGGCAAGGUGAAACAGGACAAAGGGGACCUAAUGGUCCACCAGGAAAAGAUGGACUGCCUGGUCAUCCAGGCCAGAGAGGCGAACCAGGUUUUCAAGGCAAAAAUGGUCCUCCUGGGCCUCCCGGUGUUGUGGGACCACAAGGAAAAACUGGUGACACUGGACCAACAGGAGACAGAGGCCACCCAGGGUCACCAGGACCCCCUGGAGAACAUGGUUUACCCGGAUCAGCGGGAAAGGAGGGGGCCAAGGGAGAUGCAGGUCCAGCAGGUGCACCAGGGAAAAGUGGCCCAGGUGGACUCCAGGGCUUUAGAGGCAGCAGAGGGACCCCAGGAGCAACAGGUCCUCCAGGUUUGAAGGGUGGAGAGGGUCUACCUGGUGUUGCAGGACCAGUGGGUGCCACCGGAGAGAGGGGCCCUGCUGGGCCAGCUGGUGCUAUUGGCCAGCCUGGACGGCCUGGAGGCGUGGGACCUGCUGGGCCUAUGGGAGAGAAAGGAGAUCCGGGAGAGAAGGGAUCUAUGGGUCCAGUGGGGAAGGACGGUGAACAAGGGCCUGUUGGACCACCCGGCGUUGCAGGGCCUCCUGGACCUCUAGGAGAGGAUGGAGAUAAAGGAGAAACAGGAGUGUCCGGCCAGAAAGGCAGCAAAGGAGACAAAGGAGAAGCUGGACCACCAGGACCACUUGGAAUUCAAGGACCUGUAGGCCCACCUGGACCACCGGGUUUAGAUGGAGAGACUGGGCCUCGGGGACAGCAGGGAAUGAACGGGGCUAAAGGAGAUGAGGGACCAAGAGGCUUCAAAGGGGCUUCUGGUCCAUCUGGACUUCAGGGGAUGCCUGGGCAGACAGGAGACAAGGGUGAAAGUGGGCAUGUUGGUUCACUGGGACCACCAGGACAGCAUGGACCAAGGGGGCCCCCAGGUCCCAUUGGUGCAGAGGGUCAUGCUGGAUUGCCUGGCGGAGUUGGUCAGCCUGGAAUUGUUGGAGAGAAGGGUGAGGACGGCGAAGCAGGAAACCCAGGCCCCCCCGGUGAACUGGGUAUUGCUGGAACUAAAGGCGAGUUUGGGGAGAAGGGUGACACUGGUCCUCCCGGUGCAGCCGGACCCCCAGGACCAAGAGGAACACCGGGUGAGGACGGGCCCAAGGGACACAUUGGUCCCAUUGGUUUUCCUGGAGAUCCUGGACCUCCUGGUGAACUUGGUGCCAAUGGAGUAGACGGUGUAGCAGGGCCUAAAGGAGACAAUGGAGAACCAGGAAAAGCAGGGCCUGCUGGAGCAUCUGGGGAACCAGGACCCUCUGGCCCUCCUGGACGAAGGGGUCAUGUUGGUCCAGCAGGAAAGGAAGGAAAGCAGGGAAUGAAAGGGGCCAAAGGUGCAGCAGGAACGCAGGGUCCUGUUGGAAAGACCGGCCCAGUGGGAGCUCAAGGACAGCCGGGGAGAGAUGGUCCCGAGGGACUGAGAGGCAUCCCAGGGCCUGCGGGAGAACAAGGGUUGAAUGGUCCACCAGGACAAGCCGGACCACCAGGACCAACAGGCCCAGCAGGACUGCCCGGGCUUAAAGGAGACCCAGGAACAAAGGGAGAAAAGGGUCAUGGAGGGUUGAUCGGUCUAAUUGGUCCACCAGGAGAGCCUGGAGAAAAGGGAGACAGGGGCUUACCAGGCAGUGAGGGUGCUCAAGGGCCUAAAGGAGAUCGGGGUACAGCUGGUCAACACGGUCCUACAGGCCCACCUGGACCCCAUGGCUUAUCCGGUCCAGCUGGUGAGAAAGGAUCAAAGGGAGACACGGGAGUUGUAGGCACCAAAGGAGACACCGGGCCAGCAGGACCACCCGGACCCCCAGGACCACCUGCAACAUACGUGGAGCCGCUGCCCGUCAGGGAAGGCAAGCGCAAGAAAAAAAGGCAUUCAGAGCAAGCAGCAGCACCAGCCCUGCCCACAGACAAUGACUUCUUCCAAGGGGACGAGGCAUUGGAGGAUGCAGAGGGCAUGGAGGAAGUCUUUGCCUCUCUUGCCUCCAUGAAGACAGAGGUGGAGCUGAUGAGGCGGCCUCUGGGAACUUAUGAGAGCCCAGCCCGCACCUGCAAAGAGCUCAUGAUGGUCCAGCCCAAUUACAAAAACGGAGAGUACUGGAUAGACCCAAACCAGGGCUGUCACAAGGACUCUAUCAAGGUCUAUUGUAACUUCACAGCAGAAGGGGAGACUUGUCUCUAUCCUGACAAGAGAAUUGAGACGGUCAAAUUAUCAUCAUGGAAUAAGGAGAAGCCUGGAACCUGGUACAGUCAAUUCAGGAAAGGAAAGCAGUUCUCCUAUAUUGACAGAGAUGGGAGCCCGGUGCAUGUAGUUCAAAUGACCUUCCUCAAACUGCUCAGUGCCACGGCCAAACAGAGCUUCACUUACACCUGUCAGAACUCAGCAGGAUGGUUCGACAGUGCGUCCCUGUCCUACCAGCAUGCCCUGCGCCUCCGGGCCCACAACGAGGAGGAGCUGAGCCAGAGCAAGAGCCCCUUCAUCCAGGCUGUGUAUGACGGGUGCAAGUCUCGUACAGGCCAGGAGAGGACAGUCCUAGAGGUCAACUCUUCUGCCGAGUUGCUUCCUAUUAUUGACGUUGCUCCUGUGGAUUUUGGUCGCAACAAUCAGAAGUUUGGAUUCCAAGUUGGGCCAGUAUGUUUCAAUGGUUAACCACUUGCCAACAAUGCACAAAAGAAGCCAAGACUAUGACAGUUACCACUAGCAAUAUUUAUUACUACUUUUAUGUGGUGACCAAAUGGUGCUUGAGAUUCAGUUUACAGCCACAAUGGACUCUAAACGGGACAUAUGCAACAGUGAAAACACCAAAGGGAAUUUUUGCAUUAUAUGGUUUGUAUUUAAUUGUGUUUUUGUUCUUCCCACUCUGCUUUGAGUAUGCUGUAAUUUUUCCUCGAGAACUGCACUGCAUGACAAUCCCCACUGUAUCUGCGCUGUUAGUCUGUGUGAUGGCUCUGCUAAGUGGGACCUUCUAGACAUUGAAUGGAAACUACCUAAUUUAAACUCUGGGACUGAACUAAAACCAGAGCAAUUGUAUAGCAGUGAACCAGGUUUGCAUAUUAAUUCUAUACUGCAACCACUAUUUUCAGUGUUGGCAAAUGUUGUCAUUUCUACCCUUCACCAGUGCUUUAGCUUGAAUAGUAUUCAAUACGUGUAUGUACUUAUUGGACCUUACUUGAACGGAUAAGGUUGUUUCCCUCACUGGGCAGCUUCACUUCUUUUUACACAGCAUUAUGAGCCCUUUCUAUAGAAAACUGCAACUUGACUGGACUGAUACAAGUGCACACUGAAUAGACAUUUUUCUUUAUAAAGCCAGUUACAUGGGUUUUAAAAAUCAAGUUAGAUGUGCAUACACAUAUCAGACAUAAUAUUAUGAAGGUGUCUGUAACAUUAUGCUUGGUUUUGAUUCUAAAUACAGCACAGAAGCUGCAUAGUAAGUAGUAGUUCCUCAUAAUAUUAGCUUGGUCUAACUUCAUUGGUAAAAUACAAGUUUGUUUUUACAGUCGUGCUAAAACUAUUGUGCCAGUCGUCUAGGGCAAAUGGAGAAGUGGAUAAUGUUAAGUCUCACAACACAUGUUUUUUUUUUUUUAUUUAUUCAAGUUCACUAAAAUAAUGGUGUCUUUUAUAUCACUGGAUCAGAACAUUUUAGCACUAAUUAACUGACCAUUAAAUUCAUCAGUUAUAUUAUGGUUACACGAUAUAUACUAUAUUACACUGUAUCACAUUAUCAUGGCCCAUGUGUGUCAUAUGCAUUUAUUUGAAACAGUGCAAUUGUAAGCUUUGUAAAAUGUGCUUGUAAACGUGAAUGUAUUUGUAUUUUCAACUCGAAAGUAGUUAGGCGGUCUACUUUGGUGAUAGUUGUUUCACUCAUUGCAGCAAUGAACUCAUCUCCUCCUGUCCUAUGCACCUCUUUUGUAUAGUAUUCGUUGUUCUAAUUUUAUAUACUGUACAGUUCUGUUGUGAGAAAUAACCUGUUGUCUGAAUGAGUAAAAUUGUUAUGAAUUUAAACAAUGAAACAUAUAACUGAAUUGUUACAACAGACAGUUUUAUAUCCAUGUUUACUACUAGGGCUAAGCUUAACUCCAUGUAGAUAUUUUUUGUUUUUUUUGUUUUUUUUCCAGGAAUGUUUACAGUAUGGCAUUUCAUUUAACUAUCUUCACAGAGACAAGCAGGCCACAUCACCAGGCCAAGUUACAGGUCAGAUCUGUGGAGAAGUGGGCCCACAAACAGUAAGAACACAUAUUAGUAGUAGUUUUAAAAUAAAAACACCUGUAAAUGAAUAAAUAUAAGAUAUAUUUGUUUAACAUCACACUGUGGAACACCUAGUUCAGGGGUAAAAGCUUAGUCAAUUAAUGCAAUGUGAAAAAAGAAAAAAACUCUUCUUCAAGCUGAUCUUUUACCAGAUUAAACAUCAUCAAAACAUGACUUGAUUGAGGUUAUAAUUAACAAGAACAAGACUAAAACACAAGUGUGUAGAUAAUAAAGAUAAGACAUAAUGACUUAAUGCAAAUGUGUUAGUAAUGGUUUUGGUUCUUAUUCCAUUCUCCUUAUCUCCAGGUCACACAAGCUCAUGCAAAUACACACACACACACACACACACACAAACAGACAAAAACACACAGACACUACACAACACAAGCUUAUUGUCUCAGCACAUUGAAGAAAAGACGCUCUUUCCUUUGGGGCCCCAUUGCUCAAGGUUAGCGUCAAUGACAGAAUAAAUGUUAGCAUGUGCUUUUUUCUCUUAGAAUCCAAACCACAAGUUGUCAUCCAGGAAAGGUCAUGAGUUGCCAAUAUCUCAGAAUAAUGAUUAGCUUUUGUUGGUUGGUGUAUUUGUCAAUACAGUGAUUCACCUUGCAAUGCUCUUAGACCUUUUCAAAUUGGAUUAUCAAGUGAUACUGAGGUUGCUUUACUUAAAUUAAUACUGUAGCAUUGAAAAAACUUAAGGUUACCUUAUUGAAAGGUGUAAUUAUUAAUAUUAGGCUAUUUGUGUUCUAAAGUUGUUUCCUGAUCACAAACUCAGGGUUGUGUUUUUUGGUUUAUUUGUUUGUUUGUUUGUUUGUUUGUUUCAUUCACACAUUAACGCACAAAUCCUGCAUAUUUAGGUUGAAUUCUUCUCUUAAACACAAAAAAACUCUGUUUAUCCUUGUGAUGUCAUGUGGUAAUACAGGAAGUGCUCCACUGUAUUUUUACACUUUCACUAGAAUGACUUGGAUGAUUUCAGCCCUGGAACUGUCAAUCUCUACUGAACUAAAGGUAAACGGUUGGUCUUAACUUGAAAAACUAUCGCUUCAUGUCAUCACAAUGUGGAACAGAGCAUUCUGAGGUUUGGAGAUGUAGACAGACUAAUAAUAAAGGAUAUGUGUGGAUGUGUGUGUGUGUUUUUGAUGAGGUAACAACAUUAUAACAUGGCUUAAAGCUCACAAGAGUCAGUUUUGUAUAAUAAGACCUUUAAACAGUAGUAAACCAGUAGAAUAAAGUUAGUGGUUAAGGUUAACAUAUUGUCCCUGUACAUAAAUAUGCCCUUUGUAUUUGACUCAUCCUUAAAUGCUAUUUAGGCAAGGACACACGUUUCAUGGCUAUCAUUCAUGGCUAGGAUUAUGUUAUUGCCUGGAUAACUGUCUGUUGGAAUCUAAGUGAACAAGCUCCAUCCAGUAGUGAAAGCCCUGGCUAAAAUGUAUGUAUUUCACAGUUCUGUAUGCAAGUCUAAAGAUCCUUUAAGAAAGAGUGUAGACAAAAACAGCUGUAACACAAGACAUGCAUUAUAAUAAUCAAUAA